AUGAAGGGCCUGCUGCCACUUACAUUAACAACCUCUUCCUGUUCCAGCGUUGCAAAUCAACUUCCCCAAGAAGCUCUUGAACGACGUGUAGACGACUACUUCCCCGAGUUACUGGCUCAAGACCUAGAGUUGUCCAAGACCAUCUUUGAAUCUCGAAGUAUGACAGCCGGCUCACCCUCAGGUUAUUUGCGCGUUCAGACUCUUGGAGCUAUUCAGGAGCGAAAUUCAAUGGUCUCAUUCCUUGACCAGCAGGAAGAUGCGAGGUCUGGUGUUGCAGCGUCUGAGUCGUGCUCCGCAACCGAAACCGAUGCGUCGUCUGUAUACGAUGCGGCCCCCCCCUCUUUUUUCACACGACGCCAGUCUGCGGAUACAAAUGUAUCCUCACUAGAUCCGAUAAAAGGGAGGAUAUCUCUGCCAAAGCUGUUCCCCUUGUCGCCAUCGGAGAGCUCUCGCUGUGAGAGCAGCUGGAUGGAACCCGAUUCAGAUAUCGAGGAGGACUGUGAGGAAGAUGCUGGCAUUUAUGGCACCAUGCUUCACCUUUCACCAAGGCCGCCAACGCCCCCUGAGUUCGAAGCUGGGAUUGACUCUAGAUCCCCAAGUGGCAACAUGCAUAAAUUUCUGCAUCGGAAGUCCCAUUCAGUCGCAGGGGCCGCUGUUCUUGUGUCACCUCCAGGGCAACACCUGAGCAACUCGACGGCGCAGGUGUGGCGACCCAAUUCAACACAAUACUCUAGGCAUUCCCAAACUCAAAUGCAGUAUCCCGACAGCCCCGAAAGCAUUUAUCUACCCAUGUCCCAAUACACUCCUCCUACGCCGCACUCGCAAAGCAUGCACUAUAUGCCUGAGAACGGCCUUUCUCGACGCACAAGCAAUAGGUCAAUUAAAAGACCAGCGAUUAACCAUGCCGCUGAGGCCGCACUGGUGAACAACGAGUGUGCCAGAACGGAAUACAACCAGUUUGUGUCAUCUAUUGAUUCAAAAUAUGCACCAAGAGUCGACAGUAUCUAUAUCCGCCCCUCACCCCCUCCAUCACCUCUUCCCAGCGUGCAGAUGUGGCUCAACGGGAGCGCGCAGCUUUUUUCUCUGCCAUUUCAGAGCGAUGAGUUGGCUCGGGUGGUGCCUCUACCACCUGAUGUUAUGGAGACACUGAGAGUCACUACCGCGUGCUUUCCAGAGACAAUGCUCCUCUCUUCUAGCCUGACUAUUGAGACCAUUCGAGCGUAUUCCAGAAAGGCUAGGAACCCGGGGUCAGAUGUUGCUCCUCUCCCAAUGCCGCGAAGCCCGACUACUACGUCGAAGCAGUCAUUAUGGAGAAGGGUGGUAAAGCGCGGAUCACAGUCGAGCCAACGCGCGCGUGACGUGCACACUCCGACUGCAAGCUUGCUGCAAUCACCCAGCCUAAGCUCGCUGGAUUCUCCUAAGCCGUGGAUGUCAAUCAAAAAUGUAUUCGGCAACUGCUCUGAUUACAUCUGUGAUGCUCUUUAUUCCCACAUUGUUGCCUAUAAUUAUAUUUCCGCGCUUGUUGCGCGGUAUCCGACCUCACUGGGCUACGGUCGCUCAUGCUCGCCUGUUGGAUCACAACAUGAAGACAUUCCCAAGAAGGCGGCUUCUCUGUUGGGUCUCAAUGAACGGGCCAACUCGACUUCAGCUGCAUCCAUCCGCUCUGCAAAGAGGUUCAGCUCUUCGCACUGGGGCAGAGAAGAUUUCAUGGCCACGAGCCCAACAGCCACUUCCGCCAACCAGGAUAUGGUGAUCAGGAGCAUUCAGACCGAGCUGUUGCGGUGCAUACGCCGUCUGAUAGCAACUGCGAGGCUGAUGGCCGAAAGCGACUCCACAGAUGAGAAAAUGGUGGAGAUGGACAUUGAAGAUGCGGACGUGCUGUUUAUGCGCAGCCUUUGCGAAAUUGUUAGGGUAAAUGAGGAGGUAGCU